GUGAAAUUAUGCCUUUGGUUUCAAAGUAAGUCUGCUAAAUUUAGUGAUUUUGGAUGGUGGAUUAAUUUUUUUGGGCUACGUGUUUUUGGUAUGGGAUUGCCAUCCUUGUAUCUUUGGUUUUGGUGAACUGAGGCGAGACUAUAGUUUCUCUUGGUCAUGCACAUCAAGUGCUCGAUCAAAUGCCUGUGUGGGGUUUAUGGGUUUUCAUGACAUACGGGGUUGUGACAGAGCUUUUACAACACAAGUAUGGGGUGUUCUGUGAGGGUGAGAUGUCACAUGCUUUACAAUUGGAGGAUCUUUGGUAUUGUAUCAAAAUUCAGAUUUUUGUUAGCAAGGACAGCAGUAAAGAAGUAGGAAGGGGCAGCAUCAGUAUCAGGGGAAUGCUCCAUCAGAUAUUGUUCUCUGAUAUUGGCCUUGACAGUUUUUGUUUUGAUGGUUGGGACACUUUGCUUUGUUUUGAGCGUCAACGAGCCCAGAGUUCGCGAGGCCGUGGGGUGAGCAGCACCUCGCAGGGGCAAACGCGGUUCGACGAGCGGCCGCCUGCAGCGCCUCAAUCACGCAGUUCGUCCCAUCGAGGGUCCAGCUCGGCUUCUAGGCCGCGGGCUGAGCAUAGGGCGGCCCGUCCCACAACCGUGCGUUCACCCACUGCACCGCCAGCGACUGCGCGAGCAGCAGUAGAGCCCGCCUCUUCCUCGGCUUCAACAUCGGGCCCUAGGAUCGCUUAUCCUGAGGGUUUCAGCUAUGUGCGGGCAGAGUGUCAGGCCGCCAUGGUGCAAGCCAUGCGCAGCUUUGUGCCCCCGUCGGAUAGUCGGCGAGCUAAGGCUUUUGUGCAGCAGCAUGGCGGCCAGGUCGCCAUGAUCAAAUUGAUGGAUGCAUUCAGCUACGCUGUAGCGCUUUACAAGAGCGAGCAGGAGGCUCGUACGCAGAACAGCGAGCUCGGUUUAAAAUGCAAGCAAUUGGCUGCUGAGAAGGCUAGCCUUGUGGACGACGUGAAUCGUCUGCAAGGCUCAGAAAUGGCGAACCGGGCAGCGGUUGCAGAGAGCCGGGCAAAUGAGCUUGCCAACAGAAACAACGAGCUCAUGGAGGAAUUGGAGCGCGCCCGUGCUGAGAAAGAGAGCGGGAUCCAAGCGGCUAGGGAGGAAACCGCCCGGGUUGAAGAACGGGCCAAGAAGGCUGAGGUCGAUAGGGACCUUGCUCAGCACGAGCUGAGCUCCCUUAGGCAUCAGGUCGCCGAAGCCGACCGGAACCUUACUACUGUCGGGGAGGCACUGAGCGAGCUGAAGACUUCCCAUGCACACGUUGUCGGCAUCACCCGAGCUCAAGGCGCGGAAUGGUUGGUGGGUUCGGCUGCUUUUUAGGACGCCGUGGUAGUGGCGUCUGCAAAUGUAACCACGGAAAUCUACAACGAGAUCCGUGGGAAGGUGCUACGACAUCGCCCGGACUUCCCGAUUGGCGAGCUGGCGUUCUUUGA